GUGUUGCAUUUCCUGAUUCAGUCUGCUCGUACAUACGCGUUCGAAAAAAAUAUUUGCUCUGUACUUCAUGGUCCACAGGACAUGCGUAUCAUGGAAUGCAGCGUUCCAAAACCAAAGGAGGAUCAGGUACUGGUGAAGAUGGAUACCGUAGGCAUCUGCGGCACUGACAUGCAUUUUUAUCGGAAUGGCUCGAUUGGUGGGAUCAAAAUUGAUAAGCCUUUUGUGCUGGGGCAUGAAGGAGCCGGAAUCAUCGUUGAGCUCGGCCGUAGCGUCAAGGACUUUAAAGUUGGAGAUAGAGUUGCACUCGAACCAGGCGUAUCGUGUCGGAAAUGUCAUUACUGUAAAAGCGGACGGUACCACCUAUGCCAAAAUCAAGCUUUCAAUGGCUUACCACCAACGAACGGUUUAUUUAAACAGUAUGCUGCUCAUGAUGCUGACUUUUGUUACAGGUAA